CUGUUAAUUGAAUCGAAUCUGAAUCAAUUACUGUCUGAAUCUUGAUCUCUAAAGUUGUUAAUUGUCCGCUUCCUCUGUCUCUGUCUCUCUCUCUAUAUGUCGCAAAGACAAAACAAGUAGACAACAACAUCAACAACAAUGGCUCCUUGAUCAAACUGUUUUACUUUACCAAUUUGCUCUAAUGGGGAAGAAAGACGGAUUCAAGACUCAGAAGCGUGUUUCAACCGCUUCCUCCGCCGCCGCCGGCGUUCUUCCGACGACAAUGACUAGUGGCGGAGGAAGAAGACCACCACCACGUGGCAGACAGAUCCAGAAGACCUUCAACAACGUCAAGAUGACAAUCCUAUGUGGCUUCGUCACCAUUCUCGUCCUACGUGGCACUAUCGGCGUCAACUUCGGAACUUCAAACGCCGACGCCGUUAACCAGAACUUAAUCGAAGAGACUAACCGACUUCUAGCUGAGAUCCGAUCCGACUCGGAUCCUACAGACCCGAACGAGCCACCUGACUCGGAUCUUGAUCUCAACAUGACAUACACUCUCGGACCCAAGAUCACAAACUGGGAUCAACAACGGAAACUUUGGUUAACGCAAAACCCAGAUUUCCCCAGUGUCGUCAACGGGAAAGCUAAGGUUUUGCUUUUAACAGGUUCACCUCCAAAACCUUGUGACAAUCCAAUUGGUGAUCAUUACUUGUUGAAAUCGGUGAAGAACAAGAUUGAUUAUUGUAGGAUUCAUGGGAUUGAGAUUGUGUAUAACAUGGCUCAUUUGGACAAGGAGCUUGCUGGCUAUUGGGCCAAGCUCCCAAUGCUUAGGAGAUUGAUGUUGUCUCACCCUGAAAUCGAGUGGAUUUGGUGGAUGGACAGUGAUGCUUUGUUUACAGACAUGGUGUUUGAGAUUCCCUUGUCUAGAUAUGAGAAUCAUAACUUGGUUAUUCACGGGUAUCCGGAUUUGUUGUUUGAUCAGAAGUCUUGGAUUGCUUUGAAUACUGGUAGCUUCUUGUUUAGGAACUGUCAGUGGUCUUUGGAUUUGUUGGAUGCUUGGGCUCCAAUGGGACCAAAGGGACCGAUUCGGGAAGAAGCUGGGAAGAUUCUCACCGCAAAUCUUAAGGGAAGACCGGCGUUCGAAGCUGAUGACCAGUCUGCAUUGAUCUAUCUGCUGCUUUCGCAGAAGGAUACGUGGAUGAAGAAAGUAUAUGUGGAAAACCAGUAUUAUCUUCAUGGGUUUUGGGAAGGAUUAGUGGAUAGGUAUGAGGAGAUGAUAGAGAAGUAUCACCCGGGAUUGGGAGACGAGAGAUGGCCCUUUAUUACUCAUUUUGUCGGAUGCAAACCGUGUGGGAGUUAUGCGGAUUACGCGGUUGAACGUUGCUUGAAGAGUAUGGAAAGAGCAUUCAACUUUGCUGAUAAUCAAGUGCUCAAGCUUUAUGGAUUUGGUCACAGGGGAUUGUUAAGCCCUAAGAUCAAGAGGGUCAGGAACGAGACAACGUUACCAUUGAAAUAUGUCAACAGGUUUGAUAUUCGGAGAAUGACACCUAUCUGUUUUUUGCAGAACCCUAAGGAUGAAGUAACUCUGACUCGUAGAAUUUUGGUUAGAACUAGCAAACUUUUAAGUAUUUUCUCACAUUGAGGGAUUGAAAUGUAAGAAUCUUACAAUAAGACAGUAAAUUGCAAGAGAAUAUAUAAACAAGAAACAAAAGAAUCAGUAGGCUAAAAGAAGUUUGAAAUUGUGA